ACUCAAUUUCUAGACUCUGAAACGUAGCUCCAGAAUCUUCUUCUACAGAUUACCCUCUGCUAUAUGUACCAUCCCAAUACUUAGCCCACGGUACCCUAACAAGAAAUAAAAAUUCUGUCUCGUCCAAUAUUUGCGAUCAUGGCUUUCAGAUCAAUGAAUCUUUGGAAAUCUAUGGCUAAUCGGUUGAGGGGAAAUGCAACAUAUGCAACUUCAACUUCUCCAAAAAUGGCGGCGUAUGCUCCGACAGCAGAUUUUGGUGAUUCUCAUCACCAAGAAAAGCAUACGAAGAAGACGAUAAAAGGAGAGUAUGUGCCUGUUUAUGUGGCGAUAGGACUGAUUGCUUUAUCGGUCUCUCUGGGUCUGUACACUGCAAAGCAGCAGAUAUUGCACUCGCCGAAUGUGCGCGUGAAGAAGAAGAGAAGGGAGACGAUACCGGAGGUGGAAGACCCUGAUAGUGUGGUGGAUGAAGCUGAUAAAUUUCUGAAGAAGUCUUUCUUUAGGAAAGUAGCGCAUGUUCAAGAGUUUGAUAGUGGACUUCAAAGCUUGCCUGAUGCUAAUAUUCAUAGAGAUGCAUUUGCUUACAAGCCACACGCCGAGACUCUCAAGUCUGUUGGGAUUGAUCCUAAGCGGCAUUGAGCUACGCGACAUGUAUACAUGUUACUUUAUUUCUCUUUUAAGUUUGGUUAGCCCUUAAUUACCUUUUGCAGAAGAACGAGGAAGAUGUGUAUUUGAACUUCCUAAUGUGAUGUAAUUACAAAUUAAUAAUGUUUUUGUAUAUAAUGGUGUUGCUUAGCACAGCAUGUUUCUGCUAAAUGGUGAUUUCCUUUUCUAUUACUUGUUA